AUGGGAAUUCUAGAGAAAAUCAAAGAAAUAGAGGCCGAGAUGGCCCGAACCCAAAAAAACAAGGCAACUGAGUAUCAUUUGGGUCAAUUAAAAGCUAAAUUAGCGAAGUACAGAUCACAACUACUUGAAGCUCCAAAAGGGGGGAAGAGAGGAGAGGGUUUCGAUGUACAGAGACAAGGAGAUGCGAGAAUAUGCUUAAUCGGUUUUCCCUCCGUUGGGAAAUCAACACUUUUAUCAAAAAUAACAAGUACAACAUCUGAAAUCGCUGAUUAUGAAUUUACUACAUUAACGUGUAAACCAGGAAUUGUAAGUUACAAGGAUUCAAAAAUUCAGUUACUUGAUUUACCAGGGAUUAUUCAAGGCGCAGCAGAAGGCCGUGGAAGAGGCAGACAAGUAAUUGCUGUAGCAAAAUCCUGUGAUAUGAUUAUGAUGAUAUUGGAUGCAACCAGAGACAAUAGACAAAAAAUAAAACUAGAAAAUGAAUUGAAAUCAGUGGGAAUAAGAAUUAAUCAAGAACCGCAAAGGAUAACAUUAACGAGAAAGAAAUUAGGGGGUGUUGUCAUAAAUAGCACUGUUCCAUUAACUAAAAUGGACAACAAACUUAUAAUGAGCAUACUCCACCAGUACAAAAUACAUAACUGUAAUUUGUUAUUUAACGAAGAUGCUACUGUAGAUGAUCUCAUUGAUGUUAUAGAAGGAAACAGAAAGUAUAUAAAGUGCAUUUAUGUGUACAACAAAAUAGAUAUGUUACCAUUGAAGGAGAUUAAUACUAUUGCUUCAGGUGAGAACACCGUUGUAAUAAGUAGUAGCAAAUCAUGGAAUUUGGAUGUAUUGAAAGAAUAUAUAUUUCAAAAGUUGGAAAUUAUUCGAGUGUACACAAAAGUUCGCAAAGAAAAACCUGAUUUUACAAAUCCCAUUACGUUGACUAGACAAAGAGGAAGUCAAACUGUUGAAGCUGUGCUUAGUCAAAUACAUAAAGACAUGAUUAAAGAUUUUAAAUUUGCGUUAGUUUGGGGAAGAAGCACAAAACACAACCCACAAAGAGUUGACUUGCAUCAUAAACUAGCUGAUGAAGACGUUAUACAGAUUGUAAAAAAUGGCUAG